AUGGGAGUGCCCAUGAUCAAUAAAUGUUGCUUCUGCGCCACCCUACACACAGGAACCUUGAUUAUAGGAUAUGUUUAUACGGUAUGGGCGUUACUAGAGCUGGCAAUAUACUGCUUACUGGUGACACUGGCACCCCUGGGUAAAGAUGGGAACGUGUCAAUGCACAAAUAUGUGUUCUACGUGACUGCAGCCUGUGUUAGCGGGACACAUCUCAUCUGUUCUGUGCUCCUGGUAGUCGCCGCUUAUAAGAAACUAGCAUCCCUAACAUUGCCAUGGACAAUAGUGACGGGCAUCAUCACAGCGAUAUACUUCCUGCUCUCCUUCACCGGCAUCAGCCUGGUGCUGCAGGAUGAGGGGGAGAUGCUCGAGGUCGAGUCCAUCGUCAUAUUUAUACACCUCGCUAGAUCAUUUAUCUCAGUAUACUGCAUCAUAGUGGUGCACAGCCGACAUAAACAGAUCAUGCACGAGGAGGAUGAGUCCAGGUUCCAGCACUCUGGUCGAAUCUAUCAACCUGUGUCUGUGAAGGUGGAAGACCACGUUCUAUAG